UGCUCUAGAAAAUGAUACACUGAAACAGAACUCUUCGUAACCCAGAAGAAGAAAUGGCAGCCAUGGCUAAACGCUCGGAUUUUGGAGCUUUCAUGGAGAAAUUUACUCUUCAUCCAACAUCUUCGUCCCAUCAACUGCCCUUAAGUGGCCUCACUUUUGCUAUUAAAGACAUAUUUGAUGUGAAUGGGUACGUGACUGGGUUUGGAAACCCUGAUUGGGCAAGGACCCAUCCGGCAGCCACGUCAACGGCGCCGGCUGUGUUGGCUGUCUUAGGUGGAGCCGUGGAGGUGCCACUUGCGUUGGCAAAACUGUCAUGGAUGAGAUGGCAUACAGGUCACCAUUUCUUUGUCAUUGUCUGAAUGUCUGCUAUAUGAUUGUGGUUGUUAUACUUUGUUGAAAAAUGGGAACUUUUUGGUUUUCAGUAUAAAUGGGGAAAAUAAACAUUAUGGGACACC